AGGAUCUGGCAGACUUUUACCUCCUGACACUGUUUACAGCAUAUAUUGGUCGAUACAGUCCCUUAUCGUGUCUGCUCUGGGAAUUAAGGAAAGCAGCUUCAAGGCAGUAAGGGAGAAGAUACGUUGCAAGAUGAUUUUAAACUCCUUGCCUAUUUUUCUGUUAUUGAUUAAUGGUAUUUUUUGCCAAUAUUACUACGGUCCUGCAGAUGAUUACAGUUAUGAUCCUUUUGGACCAUCUGCAGCAGUCUGUGCCCCGGAAUGCAACUGUCCUUUAAGCUACCCUUCUGCCAUGUAUUGUGACAACCUUAAACUGAAAACCAUUCCGAUUGUACCAAGUGGAAUAAAAUACCUUUAUCUUCGAAACAAUAUGAUUGAGGGCAUUGAAGAGAACGCAUUUGAUAAUGUAACAGAUCUACAGUGGUUGAUUCUAGACAACAAUCAUCUAGAAAAUUCAAAAAUAAAGGGAAGAGCCUUCUCUAAACUUAAAAAUCUGAAGAAACUUCACAUUAACUACAAUAAUUUGACUGAAGCUGUUGGACCCCUCCCCAAAACUCUGGAUGACCUACAAUUAAGUCACAACAAGAUCACAAAAGUCAAUCCUGGUGCACUUGAGGGGCUGGUAAAUCUGACUGUCAUUCACCUCCAGAACAACCAGCUGAAAGCAGAUUCUAUUUCUGGGGCUUUUAAAGGCCUGAAUUCACUUUUAUAUCUUGACUUAAGUUUCAAUCGACUUACAAAGCUACCAACAGGACUGCCUCACUCCUUACUCAUGUUGUAUUUUGAUAAUAACCAGAUCUCCAAUGUUCCUGAUGAGUACUUCCAAGGUUUUAAAGCCCUGCAAUAUUUACGUUUAUCCCACAAUAAAUUAACAGAUUCUGGAAUACCAGGCAAUGUCUUCAAUAUCACAUCCCUGGUUGAGUUGGAUCUCUCCUUCAAUCAGCUGAAGAGCAUUCCAACUGUCAGUGAGAACCUUGAAAACUUCUACCUCCAAGUCAACAAAAUUAACAAGUUUCCGUUGAGCAGCUUCUGCAAGGUUGUUGGGCCAACAACGUAUUCCAAGAUCACACAUUUGCGUCUGGAUGGAAACAAUCUCACUCGGUCUGACCUGCCACAGGAGAUGUACAACUGUCUUCGUGUGGCUGCUGAGAUUUCACUGGAGUGAGACAGUUGGGAGCAUCUAGUUCCCUUCUAGGGGCCGUGACUACAGGAAUUACAUCAUUAUAGCUCUUUAAAAUUAGGAUAUGUCUUAAAAGAAGUUUCAGUCUGCAUUAUUAUCUAUUCUGUUUGUUAACAUUUAGCAUGCACUUGGAAACCUUAGGGAAAUGUGCAUAUUUUUACACACAGUUGUAUUUAGAAAGCACAAGAAUUACCAAAUAUGGUACAAAAUAUGCCUUCAUCUGGCUAGGUAAAUUGAUGAAAAGCAUUCAGCUUCACAGAAAUCUAUGUCCAUGCAUGCAAUACAUGCCAGCUGGUACUAGACUUACAUGUAAGUCGAGUGGGCUGCAACAGAGUGCUGAGCUGUAUGGGCUAGCCUGUGUAAAUACAAGACUCCUCUCCAACCAAUCCAACUUUCUUAAUUUUUGGUGUCUUUCUCACAUUGUUCUCAGUUGCUUAGGAAAAAAUGAUUUAACAAUGUGAGAACAAUUUUAAAAUAUGAAAAUAUGUUUUCAGAGCCCAUGACAUUACUAAACUAAUGGAAUAUGUGAAAGCUAACAGGGAAACAAACAUUUUCAGGUAAAAAAAUUGCUUACUCUUCUUUUUGUCAUAAUUUCAUUUAAACUUUCAUGUAUGAGUUUUAUCCAUUGCUGUUAUAAUUAUUUCAAAAUAAGUCAUAUAUACAAGUAUUUUUAUUCAAUUACUUGCAUGCUACUUUUAACCAGAUUGUAGAGUAAAAUAU